ACAUUUGUGGAAGUGUCUGAGUUGAAAACGGGAAGCAGGAACCGGGAAAGAGUGUAUAAUGAGACCGCUGCUGCUGCGCCCUCCGCUCGGCUGCCUGGACUCAUUUUUCGGCUCAUUUCGUGCUUCUAGAAACAAACUCGUCACACAAGCAGCAGUAGUUCCGCAUCUGUAUUAUUUCAGGAAAACGAUGCACUAUCAAACGGAGGAGAGAGGACGCCCCCAUUCUCCUGACUACCGGAUUUAUUUUAAAACAUCUGAUGGAAAAUACAUUUCACCUUUCCAUGACAUCUCACUCAUAGCGGAGACAGAACAGGACAAUGAUGUGCCAGCUAAAAAGCCCAAGAAGAAUGACAGUGAGGUGCUCUUUAACAUGGUGGUGGAGGUACCUCGAUGGUCAAAUGCUAAAAUGGAGAUUGCAACUAAGGAACCCCUGAACCCGAUCAAACAAGAUGUGAAGAAAGGAAAGCUCCGGUAUGUUGCCAACAUAUUUCCCCACAAAGGUUACAUCUGGAAUUAUGGGGCGAUUCCACAGACGUGGGAAGACCCGAACCACACGGACGCAGAGACAAAGUGUUGUGGUGACAAUGAUCCCAUCGACGUUUGUGAGAUCGGCACCCAAGUGUGCUCUCCAGGUCAGGUGAUCCAGGUGAAAGUGCUCGGUAUCCUGGCCAUGAUCGAUGAGGGAGAAAUGGACUGGAAGGUCAUCGCUAUCAACGUUAAGGACCCUGACGCCAAAAAGCUGAACAGUGGGUGUUUUCCUCAGAUCACAUCAACAGCCAGCAUCUAAAAACCGCCUUACAAUGAUCCAUUGUCUAGCCUGGAAUAAUUUAGUUCAGGAAUCCUUGCCUCAGGGAAAAUAGGAAUUUAUCUAUACGCAAAACUUUUAAGUACAAAUGGUUUUAUAUUAAGUGUCAAUGAAAGUAAAUGAAUAUGCCCAACCUAUCUCCAGAGCUUGUCAGAUCCACACUUUAUCACAUACAGGGGCGGACUGGGACUAAAAAUCAGCCCUGGAAUCUCACCCAGGGGGGGGGUGCUAGUGAACUGUCAAC